AGAGCAGAUCCAUUCUGACUUCAGUCUCUGCGCUCUAAUUAAUGAUCCGACUGCUCCGUUUGGAACCAUUGAAAAAAGGAGCAACUGAUGCGCAUUUGGUGGGAUAAUCCACAGUUUAUCUCUUUCUGACCAUCUCGGUUUAUUUUUUUUUUAUUAUAUAUAGAGAACUGCAUUAAGAAUCGAGCAUAUAUGAUGAAAUACAAGGCAAAUCAGACCAGGACGUACGACGGAGAGGGAUUCAAGCGCAGAGCUGCGUGUUUGUGUUUGAGAAACGAAGAGGAGGACGAGGUUCUGCUGGUGAGCAGCAGUCGGCAUCCAGACCAGUGGAUUGUGCCCGGAGGAGGGAUGGAGCCCGAUGAGGAGCCCAGUGGAGCCGCUGUCAGGGAGGUAUACGAAGAGGCUGGUGUGAAGGGAACACUGGGCAGGUUACUUGGGAUAUUUGAGCAGCACAACCAAGACAGAAAGCACAGGACGUACGUCUACACUCUUAUUGUGACAGAAACACUGGAGCACUGGGAGGACUCAGUCAACAUCGGUAGGAAGAGGAAGUGGUUCAAAGUGGAGGACGCCAUCAGGGUGCUGCAAGGCCACAAGCCUGUCCAUGCAGAGUACCUCCGCAGACUGGCAGACACCUGCAGCCCCCCCUACGUGCCUGUGUGCGGCCCCCGAGCGAUGGAGAGCAAGGCACCUCACUAUGUUGUUUGCUCAACGCAGGAUUCGGAUCUCUUUAACAGAUAGGACCUACAGCUAAGAGUUCCUCCAGAGGACACUGAUGGACUACACUGGAGCAUCGGUUGCUUUAUAAAAGCAUUUUUUUCUCUUGUACAAAAAAAUUUGCUGAAUUUUUUUUUUUUUUUUUUAAAGCUGCCCUUAAGAGAGAGUGAAAAUGCUUUCUAGGUGUUUUUACUCUUCUUAAUUAUUUAGGUGAAAAUUAUAAGUCAGCAGAGCUAAUAGGUGUCAUUAUACGGUGCAACUUUUGAUGCAUUUUCUUUGAACUGCGAUUGUAAAGUUCUUAGCAGGGUCUUACAUGGUGCAUUUGUAACCGUAGAGUUACAUUUUCUCUCUGUUUCUAUUCUUCAGUUUCCAGAAAGCCGAAACUGGGAAAUGUUUGCCGUAAGAGGAAGCCCUGUUCCCAUACUGACUCAUUGUCAGAUAAUUUCCUGUUGCAAGAGUUUUUUAAAGUGGAAGUAGCCGCAAGUGUGUGAAUGAUUUUGAGAAAUCUUCUGUAUGUUUCCUCAUAAAACAGUUUUCAUAUUUUGAGAACUUGGUUUAAAGUUUCCUUUUUGUAAUCCUAAGUGAAUGCAUAAUUCCAACAAGCUGGAUUUUUGACACUUUAAACCUGGGAGCUUGCCUUAAUCAACACUAAGAUACUAUUUUGUAUGUGUAUUCACAAUGUACUCAUAAAUAAGAUUAAUAUCUGAUAAAGAUGAGUGAAAACCCUUAGAAUAAAUUCAUCUUUUAUAGCUACACUAUAAUAAUGCAACCAAAAAAAUCUAGUAUUUAAAGAUUUAAAAAAGCGUAACUCAGAGGCCCAUGGCAUCACUGAUCCUCCACUAUGCAUAGCCAUUUGCCUCACAGCAAACCCACAGAUUCUUUGUGGCUAAAAAAAUUAAUAAUUUUAUCAUCUGACUGAAGCCUACGGUUCAGAUUAAAGUCCCCGUAGCACAUGGCAACCUCUUCAUGUUUACAUGUGUAAUGAUAAGACAGAAAAGGAUUUUUAAGAUUUUUUUUAUGGCACGCUUCCUAAUCUCCCAAUUACCAUGUAUAGAGCGUGAAAUGAUCAUGAAGGCUUUGGUGACACUGAGAUGCCUUUCUUAUUGCAGUUCUGUAGCAGUGAGCUUUAGACAUGUGUGUCUCUGCCUUACAAUUCUGAUGGCAAAAUAAACUGUUAUCUUUUCCCUGUCUUGUUUGGUACAUCUCCAGUUGCUUAAAACUUUGUAAACAAAGCUCUGACUGUUCAUAUCAACAGGUUUUAGUGAUGAACUGUUUUCUUGUACCUGGAAAUCUACAUAUACAUAACAUAAGAGAAUCUCAUGUUUGUUUUUCCUUUUUUUGUGAAGAGUGGCCAAGAGAAAUGGCGGCUAUAGUGCCAUAUAGUACAGUUAUUUCUUGUGAAAUCAGAACGCUGAGUAACUGAAAUCUUGGUUAGUCUGAUCAACUUAAAAAGUAAAGCAUACAUUUCAGAAAA